AUGACUACCAGUCACCAAUUUGAUUCAACAACGACAACGCCUCGCCUCAGUAUGGAGCACCGCGAGCCUCUGAACGAGUCCAAUGUGGAUGUCGAAGCCACCACCAAGGAGACCUUUCAAACACCACUCGAAGCAAACGACAACGAUAACGAGACCGAUGUCGAGAGCGCACAGAACCAACCACUUCCAGAGAAGCCUACCGAAAGAGAUCCCAACCUCGUCGAAUGGGAUGGACCCGAUGACCCCGAGAACCCGCAGAACUUCUCUCGUCGCCGCAAGUGGAUCAUCACGGUCAUCAUGUCCCUAAUGACCAUGUGGAUCACCUUUGCGAGCAGUGUCUUCUCAACGGCUACCGUGGUGACUGCAAAGGAAUUCGGCGUAUCCAGCGAGGUGAUGGUGCUAGGCACGAGUUUGACCGUCUUCGGCUUCGCCUUAGGUCCUCUCUUCUGGGCUCCAGUCAGUGAGCUAUACGGACGUCGGCUCCCUCUAUUCUCGGGCUAUGCCAUCUUCGCCAUCUUCCAGAUCCCCGUCGCCGUCGCUCAGAACCUCCAAACCAUCAUGAUCUUCCGCUUUUUGAUCGGCGUCUUCGGCUGCUCCCCUCUCGCCGUCGUCGGCGGUGCAAUGGCCGAUAUCUGGAACCCCGUCGACAGAGCAGUUGCCAUCGCCAUGUUCAGUUCAGCCACCUUCCUCGGACCAGUCCUCGGCCCUAUCAUCGGCGGCUUCAUCACAGACUCCUAUCUUGGCUGGCGCUGGACCGCCUGGAUCACCCUAAUCGCAUCCUCCUUCUUCGGCCUUCUCGCCCUCAUCGUCGUGCCCGAGACAUACUCCCCCAAGCUGCUGCAGCUACGAGCAGCCCGUCUCCGCCGCGAAACCAAGAACUGGGCCCUGCACUCCUUCCUGGACGAACACGAGCCCACCCUCGCCGAGAUCGGCCAGAAGUACCUCCUCCGUCCAUUCCAGAUGCUCGCCAUGGAACCCAUCCUCAUCUGCAUGACCAUCUACCUCGCCCUCGUCUACGGCAUCCUCUACCUCUUCUUCGAAGCCUACCCAAUCUCCUUCGGCGAAGUCCGCGGCUGGAAGAGCCUCGGCGUCGCCGCCCUCCCCUUCAUCGGAAUCAUGAUCGGUGUCCUCUGCGGCGCUGCCCUAAUCAUCUACACAACCAAGACCCGCUUCGCCCGUAAACUCGCCAAGCACGGCAAGGUCGUCCCCGAGGAACGCCUCGUGCCCAUGAUGAUCGCCUCCGUCUUGUUGCCCAUCGGCCUGUUCUGGUUCGGCUGGACUUCUAGCCCGGACAUCCACUGGGCACCGCAGGUUAUCGCCGGUAUCCCUAUCGGCUUGGGUAUCCUGGUUAUCUUCAUGCAGGGUCUCAACUACAUCAUUGACGUGUACAUGAUGUUCGCCAAUUCUGCUAUCGCGGCGAAUACCCUCAUUCGGUCUGCGCUCGGUGGUGCUUUCCCGCUCUUCGCUACGCAGAUGUAUACCAACCUCGGUGUGAACUGGGCAUCUAGCGUGUUGGGUUUCAUCACUAUUGCGAUGAUUCCCAUUCCUAUCUUGUUCUUCUUCUAUGGUGCUAGGAUCCGCGCUAUGAGUCGGUUCACGCCUAAGUUUUAA